CGCGAAUGAUAAUGCUGAAGUGAGUUACAAAAGGAGGUCUUACACCGCAACUGAGCCAACCUCCCGCCAAGGACUCGCAUGUUAAGUGAAUUAGCAAUGAUCAGAGGGAAAAGUCAAAGACCCUUCAGCCUGUUGCUCACCUGGUCAAGAAGUCUACCACCAACACUGCAAGACAUCACCUUCGCUUGGGCAAACUUCCGCAAUAUCGGCAGAUAACAAACUACCAAACCACCGCGCUUCUUCACUGCCCUGAUAGUCGCCAUGCGUGAAGGCCCUGGGAACAACACCUUGUCCAAGCUUAGCUCUCAAGAACAAGACGUCUUGAUUGCCUUCCUCAGCAAUCUGAAGCCCGGCAACGUCGAGGUCGACUUCGAUGGGCUAGCGGCUACACUCGGCUUGAACACUCGGACGGCAGCUCACGAGGCUUGGGCUAAGGUCCAGAAGAGCCUUUUCGGUAAUGCGAAGCCAUCACCGGUGCUGGGACCGGGACCCAUUGCAAAAUCAAAGGCUGUGACCGAGAAGGGAUGCACUUCCUUUGCCUCUCCCACUGUUGUUCUUGUCUUCUGGCAAGGGAAAUACAAGAUCUCAUUCCACAAAGACAUACUCCUUGAAAGCCCUUAUUUCAAAAAGCUUGAUUGUCUUGCCUCGGAUCAGCAAAACCAGCUUGAAUUCGAUUUUCCGCAAUAUCCAAAAUUCGCUGGGGAGCAGUUGGUGCGCUGGCUCUAUUAUGAAGAGCUACUCUAUGACAUCCACGAGAUAGCGCAGUUGAAAGGACAAGAUGCUACACUUGCUAGAUCUCAGAUAUUCAAUGCCUAUCGGCUUGCUACGCGUCUCGAGAUGGAAAAAUGGGCCAACCACCUCACUGACUUGUUCGCGGCCUUUUACCUUGAGGAGGUACGAUUAACCGCGGUCUAUCACGAGCUCACUGUCAUUGGCGAGAAUGUGGAUGGUAUGAAACGCCUCGUCAUGACAAUGGCCGCUCUUUUAGUCCGUACGCACGGCGUGCACAGUGACACCUGCGGCACGGUCAACGCUUUGGCAGAUGAAGUCAAGAAAGACGGAUCAUUCGCGUUGGACCUCAUGGAACAUAUGUGCAUCCUCGGACAACGAAGCCUGGAAGAUAUCAUGAAGGCAGAUAAGUGCGCCUGGCACACUCACACCAGAACGGAAAAGUGCACUUGAUGGUUCGGGGUUUCUUUCAACCUGAAACGUUACAGGGGCCUACUCUACCGAAGGAGACAGGGACUGGGGAGAGUCGAAAGGUAACACAGCCAGAUGAGAUUAAGGGGAUUUUUGACGAGACGGGCGGGC